AGCUGUAUCCGGACAAAUGUGGGAUGGGAAAUCCCUGCUAAACUUGAAGUUUCCCAAAUGUAUGAGGCAGACUGCUUGGAAAGGUAAUAUGCGAAUGUAAACUCUGUAAAACUUCCAGAAACCUGAUGUAUGUGGAUGUAUACAGGAAUCGGUGAAAGUUUCCUAGGAAUUCUCCCAGCUAGCUGCGAGGAGAGGUGGCUGUGAGGUGUGAAGGGUUUUCAUAUGUUAAUGACUAGCAGGAGGUGCUGGCUUUGUUUUCAUAGCCAGGUCUGGGAGGGGGGUUAGCCAUUGUGUGCCUAUACUAGAGCAAACUUUUCAACCAAGCAGUCAUGACUUAUCUGCUAGAGGAACUGAGAACAACUUUUGCAGAUGCAGACCCUGAGUGUAUACAAGCAUGUUGCAAGACAUACUUUGAGACACUUUGGAGAAAGUACAAUUUGUCUCAGCCAGGAAAGUCCCAGCUAAGAGAUGCCAUUAAAACAGGAGCUAAAAACCGACAAAGGAAAAGACGAUUGCUGGAUUCCAGGUCCAAGGUUGUUCAAACAGAUGCAGAGAGAGAGCUUUGGCAGACUGCAACGGUGGAGCUGAUGUCUGAUGAGGAGGAUGCCAUUGUUGAUGGAAGGCCAGUGUGGAUUGUGAGGUCUCCAUUUCACAGGAACCCACAAUUGUCAGAACUUUGUCAGCAGCUUGGAAGCAGACAUGCGCUACACUCUUUUACAUCAUCAGCGUGUUAAGGCUAAUGGAAAUGGACAUGAUGGACCUUCAUUUCUUGAACUUUAAACUGCACUGGCUUUGCAGUUUUAAUAAUUGCACCACAAAUUGCACAUUUGUUCACUUAUUCUCUUCUGUUUUGUCUUAUUCUUACUCUGUAUACUUAUUAGGUUAGAUUUAUUUAGCUUCAUAUUCUGCAACUUAUUUUUUUUAUAUUCUUUGUGUUUGCUGUGUUUGGUUACAUUUUAAAUACUUUGCUGUGUGUACAUAUUAAGUUAAAUUUAUUUAGUUUUAUAUUCUGUAACUGUUAUAAUAUUGCUUGUGUUUGCUGUGUUUGGUUAAAUUUUAUAAAAGUACUUUUUCCCCUGUACAGUUCCUAUAUAGUUUUCUUUAUAUAUUUAAUGCUUUAAGUGUUUGGUUUAAUUUUAAUUAAAAGAAAUUCUAAAUCCAUUCUGUUUUCCAUUUUGAGGGGGUUGGGUUGUAUAGUGGGU